CGACGCGAGAGUUUAGUUUUGUGGUGUCCAAAUAAAAGAGACGAUGGCAGGAAUUUGGGGUGUUUUUCGGGGCGAAAGGGCUGAAACUCCGUCAAAAGGGUCUCCCUAAAUCCCUGCAGAGAGUCUUCUUCGCGAAAAACUGUGGAAAAAGGCAAUGAAAAGGGCGUGAAUCGAGGUUCAAACGUGAGAAAUCAAAGGUGUGUGAUUCAUUGGAAUUCCGAGAGUGUUUUGACACAGUUUCAUGUUGUCUUUUUCGUGAUACUGGGAGUUGGAAUGCCAGAUAUUUGAUAAAGGAAUUCCCGAAGACAAUCUCUUGCUCAUGUGAUUUGUGCGCGGAGUGCUGGAUUGUGACUUUGGGGCGCCCUUUUGUGUGACCUCCAGUGACAAGUGGAGGACGCCAUACAUUCCUCACCAGGAGGCUCUCGAGCUGCUCUGCGGGGCCCCGUGUGCGGAAGGUGAGCCAUGGAGCUGAAAGUGUGGGUGGAGGGCAUCCAACGGAUCGUCUGCGGGGUCACCGAGGCCACGACCUGCCAGGACGUGGUCUUCGCCCUGGCGCACGCCACUGGCAAGGUGGGCAGAUUCACCCUGAUCGAGCGCUGGCGGAACAACGAGCGGCUCCUGGCGCCCACUGAAAAUCCCCUGAAGAUCCUCAUGAAGUGGGGCGAAUACUCCAGCGAUGUGCAAUUCAUCCUGCAGCGGAGCGACCAGCCGAAAACGCCCGCUCUGCAGUCUCCGCAGCAAGUCCUACGACAGCAGCAGCGUCAGCAGGAGCAGCAGAACAGCCAGGAUCUCGCCCAGACUGUCCUUGUGUCGCCCCAGAGCGAUCGUCUCAAGGAGAACAUGUCCCCGAUCGAGAGGGGCCGCGAGACGCGCAAGAGCUUCACCAGCGGCAGCCUCGAUCUCAAGUCCGACAACGUGGGCAUCGUCCGGGGAGUGCCCCAGAAGUCUCCCACGCCACCGAAGACCUCCAUCACGCCCAAUCAUACACCGCAGGGCUCCAAUGAGCCUCUCUAUGCGGGCGUCGUGAAGCCCAGCCAGGCGUCCGCCGCCACUGUGGCCAAGAGUGGAGAAUUCACGUCGGCCGACGUGCGAAACGCUCUGGACCGCAAAACCAACGCCAGCGUGCUGUCCGGCAGCAGCGAGAGCGUCCUCGAGGGCCCCCCGAUAUCGUCAAACGGCGCUCUCGUGCCGCCACCUUACCGAGAUCCGCCGCCGCCGCGAAACUCCCCGCUCCAGCACGUGGCGAAGGUGGAAACGCCACCGCGAAGCGUGGCCGGGGGCAGUCUAGAGCUGAUGGAGGCGCAGUAUCUCCACAAUGGGGCGCAGUACCGCGACCUCAUUCAGCUGAUAAAGCUGCAGCGCGAGAAGAUCAGCAUGCAGCAGGCGGACCUCACCAAGUACGACGCGGAGAUUGUGUACCUGGAGAGCAAGGAGCGCGAGCAGGCGCAGCAACUGGAGGCGAUCGCUCGCGAGAUCAGCAAGACCGAUCAGAUCUUCAGGCAGGGCAACGAGCAGCUCCAAACAUUGCAGUACGUGGAGGAGGAGAACGAGCUGGUGAGGCAGCAGGAGAAGACGCUCAAGUCUGAGAUAACGCUACUGCGCUCCAAAUUGGCCAACUGUGAAACGGAGCUUCUGCAGUGCAAGAACAAAAUUCGACACCUCAUGGAUGACAUACAAAUCGAGCAGAGAGCCCUCAAUCGGCAGUUUGACACGCGGCAGCAGAUGGAGCGGCAGAUUGUGGUGGAGGUGGAGCGGAUACAGGCGGACAUUGAGCAGAUCGUGAAGACAGCCGAGUCGUCCAACAAGACAAUGGAGAACCUGAAGAAGGAGGUGUCCUUCAUUGAGACUGCGAUAGCGGAGAAGAAGAAGCAGGUGGAGCACCUGGUGAAUGAGAUGAAGGAGGUGAACCUGCAGAGCCUCGCCGUGGCGCCCUCGGAGGAGAUCCGCCACCUGCUGGAGGGCUCCAAUCGUCCCGGCAGCACGCGCCGCAUCAUUGGGUCGCCGCGGCAGCUGGAGAACGCCGUGCCCACCAGCAAAAACCCCCACGGAGUGUGGGUGUGAACGCCACACGCGGGAGAUCAUCACAGCCCUUUUCGUAGUUCAAAACAUUCUUGCAUUUAUUGCCAACUUUCUACCACGUAUUUAAUUUAUCAACUGAUUCUAUAUAUAUAUAUAUAUAUACUUUGCAUUUAAGCCCUUUUCACUUAGGUUUUAUCACCCCCGACUUAUUACCAAUGCAAUAAGACGUUAGGCAUAUUUUUAUUUGAGCAUAUUAGACACAAAAGAAAAGACAUUGUGCAAUUCUGACUGAAGUAUUUCCGCCAUUUUAAUGGGAUUUUGAUUGUGAGAAAGUCUGAUAAAGGAGUGGAAGAUGAACACUUUCGCGAGUUGUGAAAUCGCGUUAAUUGAGGAUUAGUAUGGAAUGCAAUUAGAAAACAUCAUUUUCGCAAUAAAUCACUCUCAACAGUCAGGCAGGGGUGACAAAAAAUGCCGAAGAAGUGUAUUAAAAUUUGCAGAUGGUGUUGAUUAACAAUGGACUUUAUGGCUUUUUCUCAAAGAGCAGAAGGCUAAUUGCGCUGAAGUUGAUUUCUAUUGAAUUUUACAUGGAAGCUGAGAAGCCCCUGAAUCUUAUGUGUUUAGCAAAUAUUUUAGUCAGAAUUGCAAUCGUAGUGUAGAUUUUAGCUGAGGAAUGUGAUUUUAUGUAAUUUUAUUGCGACUUUU